CCCUUACAGUGCACGCCAGAAGAGCCUGGUUCUGGCUUUUCCAGCAUGCGCGGGCAUCCAGAGAGCAGCGGCUGCCCGCUCCGGGCCUAGGCAUGAUUUUCCGGGUCGCCCGCUUCGCGCUCCCCUGGCUGCGGCCGUCUGGAAGCCGUGCCUUGUCCCGCGCCGCCAUGGAAGUGGCCCUCCGAGGCGUUCGGAAAGCCCUCUGUGUGGCCGAGAAGAACGACGCGGCCAAGGGCAUCGCCGACUUGCUGUCCAACGGUCGUAUGAGGCGGAGAGAAGGACUUUCUAAAUUCAACAAGAUCUAUGAAUUUGAUUAUCAUCUAUUUGGCCAGAAUGUUACCAUGGUAAUGACCUCAGUUUCUGGACAUUUGCUGGCUCAUGAUUUCCAGAUGCAGUUUCGAAAAUGGCAGAGCUGCAACCCACUUGUCCUCUUUGAAGCAGAAAUUGAAAAGUACUGCCCGGACAAUUUUGUAGACAUCAAGAAAACUCUAGAACGAGAGAUAAAGCAGUGCCAGGCCCUAGUGAUCUGGACUGACUGUGACAGAGAAGGUGAAAACAUUGGGUUUGAGAUUAUCCAUGUGUGCAAAGCUGUGAAGCCCAGUCUACAGGUGUUGAGAGCUCGUUUCUCUGAGAUCACACCCCGUGCUGUCAGGAGGGCCUGUGAAAACCUCACUGAGCCUGAUCAGAAAGUGAGUGAUGCUGUGGAUGUGAGGCAAGAGCUAGACCUGAGGAUUGGAGCUGCCUUCACUAGGUUCCAGACCCUACGGCUUCAGAAGAUUUUUCCUGAGGUACUGGCAGAGCAGCUUAUCAGCUAUGGCAGCUGCCAAUUCCCAACACUGGGGUUCGUGGUAGAGAGGUUCAAAGCCAUUCAGACUUUUGUACCAGAAAUCUUUCACAGAAUUAAAGUAACUCAUGAUCACAGAGAUGGUACUGUAGAAUUCAACUGGAAAAGGCAUCGUCUCUUUAACCACACAGCUUGUCUUGUCCUCUACCAGUUAUGUAUGGAGGAUCCCAUGGCAACUGUGGUGGAGGUAAAGUCUAAGCCAAAGAGCAAGUGGAGGCCUCAAGCAUUGGACACUGUGGAGCUGGAGAAACUGGCUUCUCGCAAGUUGAGAAUAAAUGCUAAAGAAACUAUGCGGAUUGCUGAAAAGCUCUAUACUCAAGGGUACAUCAGCUAUCCCCGAACAGAAACGAACAUUUUUCCCAAAGACUUAAACCUGAUGGCACUGGUAGAACAGCAGACUUCUGAUCCACACUGGGGGGCCUUUGCCCAAAGCAUUCUGGAGAGGGGUGGCCCCAACCCACGCAAUGGGAACAAGUCUGACCAAGCUCAUCCUCCUAUUCACCCCACCAAAUACACCAGCAACUUACAGGGAGAUGAACGAAGACUGUAUGAGUUCAUUGUUCGCCAUUUUCUGGCUUGCUGCUCCCAGGAUGCUCAGGGGCAGGAAACCACUGUGGAGAUAGACAUUGCUCAGGAACGCUUUGUGGCCCAUGGCCUCAUAAUCCUGGCCCGAAACUACCUGGAUGUAUAUCCAUAUGAUCACUGGAGUGACAAGCUCCUUCCUCUCUAUGAGCAAGGCUCCCGCUUUCAGCCCAGUACUGUGGAGAUGGUGGAUGGAGAGACCAGUCCCCCGCAGCUGCUUACUGAGGCUGACCUCAUCGCCCUCAUGGAGAAGCAUGGCAUCGGUACUGAUGCCACUCACGCAGAACACAUUGAAACCAUCAAAGCCCGGAUGUAUGUGGGGCUCACCUCAGACAAGCGAUUCCUCCCUGGUCACCUGGGCAUGGGACUUGUGGAAGGUUAUGAUUCUAUGGGCUAUGAGAUGUCUAAACCUGACCUCCGGGCUGAGCUGGAAGCUGAUCUGAAGUUGAUCUGUGAGGGCAAGAAGGACAAAUCUGUGGUUUUAAGGCAGCAAGUUCAGAAAUAUAAGCAGGUUUUCAUUGAAGCAGUGGCUAAGGCAAAGAAAUUGGACGAGGCCUUGUCCCAGUACUUUGGGGAAAGGGCAGAGGUGGCGCAGCAAGAAGAGAUCUACCCAGCCAUGCCAGAGCCCAUCCGGAAGUGCCCACAAUGCAACAGAGACAUGGUUCUCAAGACCAAGAAGAGUGGCGGGUUCUUCCUCAGCUGCACAGGUUUCCCUGAAUGUCGAUCAGCUAUUUGGUUUCCUGACUCAGUGCUGGAGGCCAGCAGGGAUGGCAGCGUGUGUUCGGUUUGCCAGCCGUCCCCUGUAUACAGGUUGAAAUUAAAAUUUAAGCGUGGCAGCCUUCCACCAACCAUGCCCCUUGAAUUUGUGGGCUGCAUUGGUGGAUGUGAUGAGACACUGAAGGAGAUCUUGGACCUGAAAUUUUCACGAGGUGCCCCCAGAGCAAACCAGUCCUCUGGCCUCCUUCAGGCAAGCCAGGUUCUGAACAGGAUGGACAGCAGCCAACAAAGCCACCCCCAGCUCCGUAGCAGCCGACAAACUGGACCCUCAAUGCCUGUGCUCCAGACCCUCCAACCACCCACUGGCACUGGUGAAAGCAACUCUGUGACCUGCAACUGUGGCCAGGAGGCCAUGCUGCUCACUGUCCGGAAGGAAGGCCCUAACCAGGGCCGGCAGUUCUACAAGUGCAACAGUGGUGGCUGCAACUUUUUCCUGUGGGCUGACAGCAGCCCUCAGUCAGGAGGAGGACUCCCCGCCCCUGCCUCAAGACCUCCAGGAAGCUCCAUGGGACGCCUGCUAGGCCCAGGCAACCAACCAGGUGGUUUUGGUAACCCUAGUGAUGGAAGUGGUGAUAGCACCUCCUGCCUAUGCAGCCAGCCUGCUGUGACACGGACUGUGCAGAAAGAUGGACCCAACAAAGGGCGCCAGUUCCAUACAUGUGCCAAGCCACGAGAGCAGCAGUGUGGCUUCUUUCAGUGGGCCGAUGAGAACAUGGCACCAGGGCCUUUUGCAGCUCUACCCUGGCCAGGGGGUGGAGGAAGAACUCAGGGGCCAGAAACCAAGAGCAAAAGAGCCAGAGCCAAUUCCUCAGAUGUGGGGUCCAUGACAAAGAAGCCCCGGAAAUGUAGCCUUUGCCACCAGCCUGGACAUACCAGACCCUUCUGUCCUCAGAACAGAUGAGGGCGGCAGGGUAGAGACUCAUUUGCACACCUGGAGAUGAGCUGAGACCUCCUAGAAAACAAGAGAAGUGUUGGGUUUUGGACUUGGGCUUUCCUUUGUUGAACACAAAGCACACCUCUAUGGGGAAAGCUAGCAUUGUGAGACAGUAGCCAUCUUUCCGGGGUGCAAGAAUGACCCCUGAGCUACUGCAUUGCUGAAAAGGCAGGGACUAGGCCCUCCUUUGGACAAUGGCUGUUAGCAUGUGAUGGCAAACCAUGUGUGUCUAUGGGUGUCCUGCUGUGGACUGCUGUGCUGUCAGACCAGAUGCUUGCAGGGCUUCCUUCACCUGUGGGGAGCCCCCAUGUGCAGGGGCAAGCACUCUUGGCACAGCCUCUGGGUAGCCUGGAUGAGUUUCUCUGAAGCCAUCCCAGGAGGAGCAUGGAGUCCCAGGAGCGGCUCUUCUCCCACACCUGCAGAAGCUUCAUUCCCGCCUCCUGUGGAAGCCACAUCCCUGGUGCCUUAGUGAACUCCCAGCUGGUGUCUGUGCAGAGGGAAGACAACUUUUCUCUGCUUCAUUCUGCUGUGUGAGCUGCUCCACUGUAAUAGACCAAAGCUUUUGGAGCCAGAUGCCCAUCUGCCCUCACAAAAUGCUGCAUGACAAGGACUCAGCGUCUAAACAUCCUGGAAUUAGCCAUGGUGGCUACAGUUCAAGAUCUCACCCUUGACAGGGUCAGUCGUCAGCCUGAAGAGGAGAGGAAGCUUCACCCUCCAUGAGACAUGAGUAACAACAGGCGCAGGACACCACAUGUGUCAAUCAGAAUCUCACCUAAUGAAUCCAACAGGCAGAUACAUAUAAGCAUAUUUUUAAUGGGCAAAAAGUGACAGCACAGAUGCCAGAGGAGCUUAAUUUUAAGGCUCUCACCAGCUGUCCUGGGCAGCUCUGGCAGCCUAGCAGCACUUCUUCCCCGUGUGGGGAACACUGAGUUCAGCUUGUCUCCACUGUCUCCUUGUAGAGAAGAGAUACUAGUGCAGUAUUGUGUGCACAACUUGCCAUCCUCUACUUUGCAGAAAUGGCUUCACAAAAACCCAGAGAACAGCUCAGCUUUAUUGACUCUAGUUUGUUGUUGAGAAUAGAAGUAAAAAGAGGUGUGAACUGCCUGGUCGCUUUAUUAGCAAAGAAAAACAUUCUCAGUUGGGGCUGCAGGAACUUACCUUCAGUUAGACCAGGUUCUCUGAGCAUGGCUGGGUAGCAGGGUUUUUACAACUGUAAUUUCCUGGCAUUGUUACCGGAUCCUCCCAGCCUGGAUGGGUGUGGUCUGGGUUUGGGGUUUUCCCCUUGCCACCAUCAAUCUAUCCACCUACCAUUUGUCUCUGAGAUUACCUAAUCUGGAUAUUUCACAUAAAUGGACUCGUAUGUGACCCCUAUGUCUGGCUUCUUAGUAUAAUGCGAAUAUGUG